GAGGAGGAGGAGGGAGGGAGAGAAGUUCAAUUCGAUUCGAUCGUCCCUGUUCUUCUCUCUCUCUCUCUCUCUCUCCCGUCACGACGCCAAUGCAAUCGCGGUCGCUGGCUGCGCAGAAUCGAGGCCAUGCUCUCCGCCGUCCUCGCCGUCGUCAACGACAUCCGUCUUGUUUAAUCGCCUAGUUUCAGCCGGAAGGAAGGGGAACGCCUAUUCUUUAUUUGUUGCCUUGCUGCUCGUAAAAUAUUAAAUGUGCCCAUGUACUCGAGCAACUUGAAAGGAUUCGUCCUCGCCGUCGUCUCCAGCGCCUUCAUCGGCUCCAGCUUCAUCAUCAAGAAGAAAGGCCUCCAGCGAGCCGGCGCCAAUGGCGCUCGCGCCAGUGGUGGAGGAUAUGCUUACUUAUUGGAGCCACUAUGGUGGUUGGGCAUGAUUACGAUGAUUGUAGGCGAGAUUUCGAAUUUCGUAGCUUACGCUUACGCCCCUGCCGUGCUCGUGACGCCACUGGGCGCAUUAAGUAUCAUUGUGAGUGCUAUCCUGGCGCAUUUCAUGCUGAACGAGAAACUCCAGAGGAUGGGGAUGUUGGGGUGCCUUUUGUGCAUUGUGGGCUCCACGGUAAUAGUUCUUCAUGCUCCCGAAGAGCGUUCAAUUGAUUCUGUUGAGGAAAUAUGGGAAUUAGCAAUUCAACCAGCAUUUCUUUUGUAUACGGCGUCAGUAAUAGCAGUAGCGUUGACGCUGAUAUUUUAUUGUGCUCCUCGCUAUGGCCAAACCAAUAUACUGGUUUACAUUGGAAUUUGCUCUGUCAUUGGGUCCUUGACGGUUGUAAGUAUCAAGGCAAUUGGCAUUGCAAUCAAGCUGACAUUGGAGGGAAUGAACCAGAUUAUAUAUUUCCAGACGUGGAUUUUUGCAAUGGUUGCAGUUACCUGUAUCAUCACCCAAUUAAAUUAUCUAAACAUGAUUGUAAGGGGUAAUUACAAGCUAGAAAAGGGAGUGGAAGGAAAAGACAGUUCCACUCCACAUAUCUCUCAUGGCGUUCCUAUUAAGGAUCUGCCCGCAGGACCACGUUAAUUGGAGAACCUUGCCGGGAGUAGAUCAACCAGAAUCUGACUGAAGUGAAGCAAAUACGCGCAACUAGUCAACUGUUUCUGCUAUUUGGACAGUGCGGCACAGUUCUCGUUUGAGCUUUUCUAAGUUGAGGAUCAAUUAAGCUUUUACGCCCCCAAACACUCAACAUUUACAACAUGGACAUUCACCAUGUGGAAGGCUCCUAGCAUGCAUAGUGCAUCCUGGUGCUGUGAAAUGACGACAGUUAGCAUUAUGGAACUAUGGCCUCCAAUAGCCCUUGAGUUUUAAGUAUGAUGCUGAUGCAACAAGGACUAGGGUUGGGGUGUAGUGGGCUUGUGAAACCCAAGUCUCAUAUGGGAUGUGAAAGAGGAUACUGGAAGAUACUUAAGGAGAGACCCACCAGCUCCCGAAACACAUCACUUGCAUACUUAUUUUGAGAGCUUAUGAGUCAUUUCGUUACUGCUUACAUGGUUAUGAGGACUGUCAAAUAUAGUCGCAACUACAUGCCAGAGUUUCUUGUUUGUCCCCUUUUCAUGCAAUGAUGGCGUUCUGCUGUAAUUUGCUGCUGGACUUCUUUGGAAUGAUUGGGUAAAGAAUCAGGGGACACUGGGUGAAGCAUUUAGUUCAUUAUCUGUCCCUUGAUGUUAAGCAUAUUAAUUCUGUUAGUGGCCCCUUAUGAUUAAUCAUUAUUUUGGUUAGUAGUUAUGCUCCCAAGACAUUGAAUUUAAUUUUUCAUGGCCAUUUAAUCUAACACCCCUUUCAAAUG